UGCGUGGGCGCGGAUGACGGACCGAGACCUCUGAUGUCGUCAUCGACUUAUACAUGGAGUCGUCCCUCAAACAAGGAACCGCGAUGUCAUAGCCCCCGUGAGAUACAUUACUUGAGGCUCACUUGCUGCAAUCCGACAAAAAUAAGCCGUCAAACUUGCAAUUUCUGUCCCAACUCUUGCAGAUAAUAUCGCGCUUUUCGCAGACAGACCAAAAUGUCGACCAAGGGUCAGUUUGAGAGCGGGCAUGAGAUCCCCGUCUCCAGGCAGGAAUUCCCGGGCUUGGAGAGCAAGAUGCCAUAUCCACAGCCGCUGUUUGACGAGCUACCGACCGAGGACGGCAAAAGCCAGAAAUACAAGCCUGCCGGCAAGCUGAAGGGCAAGAACGCCAUCAUCACGGGCGGAGACUCGGGCAUUGGGCGUGCGACCGCCAUCCUGUUCGCUAUGGAGGGCGCCAACUCGCUCAUUGCCUAUCUCCCGGAGGAGGAGCGUGACGCGCAGGAGACCAAGAAGAGGGUGGAGGGAUACGGCGGACAAUGCCACCUCCUGCCCACCGACCUCAGAGACCGCAGCAACUGUAAGAAGGUGGUUGACGAAGCGGUCAGAAUUUUCGAUGGAAAGAUCGACAUACUGUUCAACAACGCGGCCUACCAGAUGGUUGUGGAAGACAUCAAGGAGCUCUCCGAGGAGCAGUGGCUUCAUACGUUCAGCGUUAACAUCCACCCAUACUUUUUCCUCGCCAAGUAUGUGCUACCGCACAUGACGCGUGGAAGCACCAUCAUCAACAACGCCAGCAUCAACGCGUACAUCGGCCGCCCGGACCUUCUCGACUACACAUCGACAAAGGGCGCCAUCGUGUCUUUCACGCGGGGCCUGAGCAACCAGCAGAUCGGCAAGGGCAUCCGUGUCAACGCGGUUGCGCCAGGGCCGGUCUGGACACCCCUGAUUCCGUCGACGAUGCCGGAGGGGGCGCAGAAGCAGUUUACCAGCCCCAUGGGUCGGCCGUCUCAGCCGAGCGAGAUUGCGACCUGCGUCGUCUUCUUAGCCUCGUCGGACAGCUCCUCCAUCAGCGGGCAGACGAUCCACUGCAACGGCGGCACCAUUGUUAACGGCUAGCAGCAGAUAGCCGUGACCAAAGCAGAGCAGGAGGAACAGGUGAAGAGGGACGAAAUGCGGUGCAACAUGCCUCCGUCAGUGAGAAGCAGCCGCAUUAACGGCGAGGCUGUCGUGGCUUCACCGGUCGCUGCGCUGCAUCGGAAUUGAACGCGGCUCGAAGAAGGCAGCAACGAGCUCGGCAGUUGUUGUCAGG